AUGAUAAUAAUUGAGUGGUUGCAGGCCUAUGGUCCCAGCAUGGUCCCGACCUUCAAUCUAACUGGUGAUAUGUUCCUGGCGGAGCGGCUCUCCAUCAAAUUUGGCAAAGUGGGCCCCGGAAAUAUCAUCCUUUUACGCUCUCCUGAAUUUCCUCGAAAAGUCAUGGUGAAGCGCUUAUUGGGAUUGGAGUCUCAUUCUGUCACCUAUGUUAUUGAACCCAUGAAAAGUGAUAGAUGUGACACUAUCGGGGUUCCAAAGGGACAUGUUUGGGUAGAGGGAGACAACAUCUAUAAUUCCAGAGAUUCAAGACAAUUUGGUCAUGUUCCCUAUGGCCUCCUUGAAGGCAAAGUAUUCUGUAAGAUAUGGCCUUCUAAAGAAUUUGGAUCACUGAUGAAGAGCGGAAUGAAGGAUCCAGAUUCAUACUCUUAA